UUGUUUCCCUAUUUACUGCCGCGGGAGGCUCCACCGCAGCUUUGGUCCCGGUCCCGGUGCAGCAGCGGUCAGAAUGACCGGCUCCGGCUCCAUGCAGUGCUUGGGGUUCUUGCUCCUCGCCGCCGUUUUACUGCAGACCGUCGCGGUCGCCGUCACCUUCAUUUACUUCAACAACGUGUUGACAACGAUGAAGGAGACCUUCUCCCGGAGCAGCAUCUCCUGUCUGAUGCACUCCAACCUCCGCACCGUCAAGGGCUCGGACACCAGCGCCGAGGCAAACGGCGAUCCCUGCUGGACGGUGACUAAGCAGCUGCACUUCCUCAUUGAGAAGAGCAUGUCAAAUCGCUACAAGAAAGAAAUAUCAUCAGCAGUGAAAGAUGAAGUGUCGCGGGUUUUGCCGUCACUGGUGAUUGAGGAGCAGGAAUUACCCACUCGACCCGAGAUAGCCGCUCAUGUGACCGGGACUUCGAUGGCGGGAACGCCUGGCGUCAGACUGGGGCUCUCCCCCCGGAAGGUUCCGGGAGAAAAGAUCUGGUCAUGGGAGAUGGAGAAGGGCCUGGCAUUUCUGCGGAACGUCGAGAUGAGCGGUGGCGAGCUGGUGGUCCCACGCGCUGGGCUCUACUACAUUUAUUCACAGACGUACUUCCGACUCUCUGGUGUCCUGGAGGACGGAGGUGACGAGGGCGGUGUGGCUGAAGGCGUGGCCAGGGGCAAGCAGGUGCUGCAGUAUGUCUACAAGAAGGUGGGCUCAUACCCGGUGCCCAUCCUGCUGAUGAAGAACGCCCGGACGACGUGUUGGGCGCCGGGGGCCGAGUACGGCCUCCACUCCAUCUACCAGGCCGGCAUCUUCCGGCUUGCUGCCGGAGACCAUAUCUUCGUGGCCGUCAGCGACCUGACUGCCCUAAGCAUGGAUGAGAAGUCUAGCUUCUUUGGCACCUUCCUGGUCACCUAGCAUGGCUGGAGCUUGGGGCUUAUUGCCCUUCAUCUUCACUCAGACUGCUGCAACGCACCUCGAUGGCAGGAGAUAACUGUAGCGUGAGCUGAAAGAGCUUUUUAUAUAACUCUGCUAUAGCUUCCUGUCUUUGAAAGGAGACUCAGACCCCCCUGGUCUGCAGGGAUGAGUGAGUCCAGUCUCCCAGGGAGGGGGGGGGUGAGCAGCUCCGGCCAGAUGGGAGACGUGACAGGCCCCAUGGAGGCCCCUGUGUGAUGGAGAGCGAGGUGUGGUAGUGAGCAGGGGGCCAACCUUGUCCUCCACAGACACUUUCUGGGCCACCCCCAGUAAACAGCACACGUGCCAAAGAGACAGACUGAAUCCUUGAUAUUUGUGGCGCAUUGACAGUCACGUAUUGGUGUUCAAUCUGGGGGAUUAAUGUCUGGAGGACUGGGGGCUGCCUAUGUUUUUCUGGUCAUACUUCUUCACAAACAUAUUGUUAUGCUUCCUACCCCCGCAAUGGGGAAAUUCCAGAUUUACACAAAAAAACCCAGUGGAAAUAAAUAUUUAUUUCCCACCAAAUAAGCAGGAUGUGCUUGGGCGUGGUUACGGGUAGCCCUGUCUGUUCCUUCUGCAGGACAUGCAGUGUGUGGGAAACCAUAUGGGGGCAGAUGUUAAGUACUUGGCCCCUGCGAAGUGGGGGGGGGGGUAGACCUGCGUACAGAUGUGCUCCGGCUGUGCGAAUAUGUUCCAGCUGUUCACACCAACUCGCCCUUUACAUCUUGCACAUGUAAACACACGUGUGCUGUACACUUGCACAAAACUAUAUUUUUUUACAUACAAAAAUAAAGUUUUUUUUCUUACCGUGA